ACGAAAAUGAGUAGGCAGUGAAGAAUUAUGACCCGAGAAAAUUGUCUAUUUGAGUAAUUAUAUUUGUAUAAAGUUGAUUCAUGUGGACAUUGAUCUGUGCUUUUCCUUAAGAGGAAAACAGAUUGUGAGUGUCUGAAACUUCAUUUCAGAUUUGGUGCUCAUCUGCUAUGACAGUACUAAUGCCGAGUUGGUACUACGAGAAAAAAGAGCUUAAGCGUUCACCUUCUAUUGCAGAGGGUUUGGAUGCAGAAAGAGAAAGCCGUUACAGGAGAGAAGGUGCACGGUUUAUCAUCAAUGUCGGAACUAAAAUGGGAUUACGUUAUGACACCAUGGCUACUGGUGUUGUUUAUUUUCACAGGUUUUACAUGUUUCAUUCAUUUAAAACAUUUCCGCGUUACGUAACUGCUUGUUGUUGCCUUUUCCUGGCUGGGAAAGUAGAAGAGACUCCAAAAAAAUGCAAGGAUAUCAUUCGAAUUGCCAAAACUUUCAUGACUGAAUCACAGUUUGCUCAAUUUGGAGAUGAUCCUAAAGAAGAAGUGAUGACUCUGGAAAGAAUACUGCUGCAGACAAUAAAAUUUGAUUUACAAGUAGAUCAUCCAUAUGGACAUCUAUUAAGAUAUGCUAAAUGUUUAAAAGGUGAUAAAUCAAAACUUCAGCAUAUGGUACAGAUGGCAUGGACUUUUAUAAAUGACAGUCUGUGUACCACAUUAUGCCUUCAGUGGGAGCCAGAAGUGAUAGCCAUAGCACUUAUGUAUUUAGCAGGGAAACUGAGCAAGUUUGAAGUAAUAGAUUGGAAUGGAAGGACACCUGGGCAAUCACAGUGGUGGGACGUGUUUGUUGAAAAUAUGUCCACUGAACUUUUGGAAGAUAUUUGCCACCAGGUUCUGGAUUUAUAUUCUACCCCUAUACCAAAUACACCUCAGGAUUCUCCUCCUGCAACACCUCCAACAAAAUCAACUAGGAAAACAUCUCAGCCACCAUCACCUAUUGAAGUUGCAACUUCACCAGCUCAAAUAAAACCGAAGGAAGAUCCAGUUGGUCAGCCUAUUCCUCGGUUAGAGCCUGGAGAACUGAAACGAAAGGUAGCUGUAUCUGCCAAAAAGGAUGUUAAGGAAAGUAAGAAUCCAAAAAUCACGGAGGGCAAAGCUAUUCCUAUCAUAACCAGCAGUUCUUCGCCUAAAGCCUCCACAAGCAGUCAGGGAUCAAACACUCAGCCAUCAUCCCCUACAAUUCCUGCUGCUGUGGAAACUAUUACCAAAAAAGUGAUAAAGGAAGACAAUGUUAAUCCACAUGCCUCUUUUGCUGAUCCUGUAUAUAGAACAAAUGCUACUGCAGUUGCUCAGCCUUAUUCUCAUACUGCUUCAUAUUUGUCAGCUGAAGUUGCCCCUUCUACAGUGGCUAUUCCUGUUACUAGUUUUCCUCCUACUAUUCCUCCCCCUACUUCAACGUUCACUCAAGCCGCACCUGCUUAUUACCCACCUGUUACUCCUGAGAGGCAGCCGUUCCCAAACAUGCAACAACCUCCUCCUCAGAUUUAUCCUCAGCGACCAAUGCAAUUUCAACGUCCACCACCCCCUAUUCCAUCUGGUCCUCCUCCUAACAUGCACCCUCCCCCUCCACCACAGUAUGUGCACCCAACUGGCCCACCACCUCCAUUCAGAGCACAAUAUCCUCCGCCUCGACCUCCUCCAAGCAUUAUCACUAAUCCUCCACCAAUGCCUGCACCAGGAAUUACAUCACAUCCACCUCCAUCUCAUCCACCAAAUAUGCGUCCUAACAUGAUUCGAUCUGUUCCACCUCCACCUCCUGGUGUUCCUCCAAACAGACCAAUGGGCCCUCGCAUGAGAGGGGACAAUUCAUUUCCUCCACCACCUGGACUGGGCCCUCCAAACCAAGGGCCACGAGGUCUUUUUGAAAAAGAUUUUAGAAGUAGAAGAGAACAUGAGUAUGAGGGACCUUUUCAUCAAGACUCUUUUCCCGAGUAUGACCCUGGAUAUCCUUCAGGAACUAAUGAAUUUGACAGACGGCCUCCUCCUCCUCCUCGACCUUUUAAUAUGAAUCGUCCACCAAACCGAAUGCAGGAAAGAGGACCUCGUCCUACUGGGCCAAACAACAUGCCUCCCCAGCAAGGAGCUCCAACUGGGAUUCCUCCUGUUCGAAUUACAGGAAGUUCUUAAUGCUACAUGAUUCAGGAGUUGCUGUGCCAGAGAAUUCAUCUUCUUCUUCAAGAUUCAUCUUCAUUUGACUAGAGCUGUUUUUUUUUUCGAAUGAUGACACUGAUGAACAUGGACUAUGCCAGGAUUUAUCUAUUGAGUCAGUGUCGUCGAUAAAAUUGGAUUAUUCAUCUUGCAUGAAUCAGAGAUAAUUUACCGAAUGAUGAUGCUGAUGAACAAGGAUUGCGCCAUACUUACGUAUUCCAUGUUGUACCAGAGGAUUCGUCUUCAGAAAUUGUUGUGCCGGAUUAU